AUGGGUAAAUUCACACCAUCUCGCACCUACAUCGAGCCAUAUUUUCCUACUCGUGACAUUGAUUCGAAUAUAGUGGAAUACAAUCCCAAACGGCUUCACCUAUUUGACGGAUAUGAGAGUUCCCGCUUCGUUCUGGAGAUUUUUCGCACGUACGCAGAAGCCAUGGCAUCACCUGAUGCUCAGGAUUCUCUUAAAUUUCCUACCUUACGUUCGAUUCGACGGCCUCAUGGCGCCCGCAAUUACGAUCGCAAGUAG